UCCCCUUAAUUUUUGUAAAGUAUAAACAUAUACAUAGAAAUUAUUUUUCUUUAAACUGUGUCAAUAUGAAAGGAAACAAAAUUAUGCUGUUGGUAUUUUUAUGCAUUAUGCAUUUCACAUUGAACUUUUUCAGACUUUACCGCCGCAAAGUGAAAACAGAUGCUGAGAUGAAAAGACGCGGCAUAGUAUACUGAACAGUUAUUGAAUGAUUCCACGGCGUUCGAAUACAAAAUAGACGGCUUGAAACAUUCAACAGCUGUUUAGUAUUGGAAGCACGCGAUUUAUCAAUUUCAAAACAAUGGAGUGUGUUGUUGAGAGUUGCCCAAAUUUAACAAACAAAUACAAAUGCAGCAAAUGCAUAGCUCCCUAUUGCUCUGUAAAUUGCUAUAAGAAACACAAGGAAUCAACGCAAUGCGAGGAACUCGCAGCUGCACAGCGAGAAAAGAGUAUCCGAAAACCAGAUAAUAGUCAAUUAUCGGUAGAGCAGGAGCCAACAGUGUAUGCUCCAUUCAGCACGGAAGAUACCAUUCCCCUUGCAUUGCUACAGAAAUUAAACGAUUGCGAGCCAUUGCGUCAACUGCUCCUGAAUCCCCAUCUGCGUGCACUGUUGCAGCAGAUUGAUGUGGCGCACAAUGCCAACCUAACCAUGACAGCCGCCAUGCAGGAGCCCCUAUUUAUCGAAUUUGCCAAUGCAUGUCUGCAAGUUGUUGAGCCCUUAACUGAUGCAGAACGCGCUGAAUUGCAAUUGUCCACUUGAUGUAAACUGCGCAAGCCACACACGCACAUUAUUAGUACAAUCAAUUAUUGAUACGUAUAUUUAGUAAAAGAACUUAAGAGACAAAUCUAUGCUUUUUACUUGUUGGCAGAUCUGGCUUUGGCCCAGUUAUCAUCAUCAUCAAAGAGAUCGUCAAAAUCAUUAUAGAAAUCAGCAUGCACGUGUUUAUCGUUUGUGGGCGUAGGCAUAUGGUCCAUCAUCAUUCCAGUUGCACUGCCCGACUGCAGAAAUAUGUGCAAAAUGAAUUGCAUAGUUAGUGGACAUUUAAAUGGUGGCCAGUUCUUUAUUUGUCAUUUCUGUUAAACUCACCUCCUCCAUGUCCAUGUAACCGGCGACCUCAGAAAACAUUUCAUCGACAGCUAACGAGGGUUUCAUGUUUAAAUCCAUUGCACUACUGUAUUUUUCUCUUCAAAUAAUUUGCAAUCCAAUUGUUUAUACU